AGGGUCAUUAGUAUAGACAUCGUCACUGGUUAAAGUGACUAAUCCUUUAAGAAUGAGAUAAUGGUGUCACAUAUGAAAAGAACUACUUUAAUGAAACAUUCACGAUUAGGGGAUGUUCAAAUUAUUUUCCUUAAAAUUAACUAUCCACACAAUUUAAAAAACUUGACUGUUUAUUCAGAAUUUAAACGAUAUUGCAUCUUUAAGAGCGUCAGCGCAAUGCCUUUUGGGAUACUGUGGAAAGCUGUUGGCUAGCUGCGUGCCUUGACCUUUGACCCGCUCAACAGCCUGAGGCACCAGCCGCCAUUGCUGUCUCCAGCUCCUGUCUUGGGGCACUCGUUUGGGCGGUUACCGCUUCUGGUCCUGCGUCAGAGUCUGACCAGAGCCUGGAGCCGGGCCUGUCUGGUUCCACAGCUCCUCCUCCUUUCCCAAAAGUGACUCUGAGGCUCCGGCAGGCAGUCACUUUCGCCAGCUCCACAGCUCGGAGGCAGUUGCUCCCGUCUAGCUCCGGCCGGCCGACAGCAGCGUGAGGGCCCUUGCCGCCAUGGCUGCUUCUCUUUCAGAGAUCAUCCAGCAGAAUUACCUGUCUGAGAGCAACGCUGCCCUCAACUCUCAGAUCCAGUUGCAGCUGUACGCCACUUACAUCUACCUCUCCAAGGCCUUAUUCUGCAACCGAGACGAAGUGGCCCUGGAGAACUUCGCACUCUUCUUCCUGACUCAGUCCCAGAAGUGGAUGGAGCGCACGGAGAAGCUGUUCCUCUUGCUGAGCGAGCGCCGUGGCUUCCUUACCCUGGGGAGAAUUGCCGAUCAAGAUCGUCACGACUGGUUCGAUGGCUUCAUGGCGAUGGAGUGUGCUCUUCACCUAGAGAAGACGCUCAACCAGAGUCUCCUGCAGCUGUACCAGCUGGCUAACAGCAACGGUGAUAUCUACCUGUGCAAGCUCCUGAAGAGCCAUUUCCUCAACCGGCAGGUCGAAAUCAUCAAGGAGAUGGGUGGCUACUUGACGAACCUGCGCCAGCUGGGGGCUCCAGAAAAUCAUCUGGCCGAGUACAUCUUCGACAAGCUCACCCUGGCCGAGACCACCAAGGAGAACUGAACUGGGACUGUCCCCGCUAUGGGGGGGGGGGUCUUCCUCAGAUCACCAGGCAAGGUGCUCACAUUAUAUGUCCAGAAGUUUCCCUAGUUUUCCUAUCUGGCGCUGUUUGCAAUAAAUUUCUUUCUGAGCAUA